AUGACGAAAAAAGACGGAGCAGAAGCAGCUUCGGCGACCGGAAAACGUCUGGUAUUCGCUUAUUAUGUUACUGGCCAUGGAUUCGGACAUGCAACGCGUGGUGUUGAGGUUGUUCGCCAUCUCAUUCUUGCCGGUCAUGAUGUUCAUGUGGUUACUGGUGCACCCGAUUUUGUUUUUACUACUCAAAUACAAUCACCACGACUCUUCCUCCGAAAGGUAGUGUUAGACUGUGGAGUUGUGCAAGCAGACGCUUUAACAGUUGACAGACUUGCCUCCUUGGAGAAGUAUUCUGAGACAGCUGUUGCCCCUCGUGAUUCUAUUUUGGCAACUGAAGCAGAGUGGCUGAAGUCCAUCAAGGCAGACUUAGUGGUGUCAGAUGUUGUUCCAGUUGCUUGCCGUGCAGCAGCUGAUGCAGGUAUUAGCGCAGUCUGUGUAACGAAUUUCAGUUGGGACUUCAUUUAUGCAGAAUAUGUUGUGGUUGCUGGAUAUCAUCAUAGGUCAAUAGUUUGGCAGAUAGCCGAGGAUUAUUCACAUUGUCAGUUCCUAAUUCGUCUACCAGGAUACUGUCCAAUGCCUGCUUUUAGAGAUGUGGUUGAUGUACCUUUGGUUGUGAGGAGGCCGCAACAUUCACGCAAGGAGGUGCGGCGAGAAUUGGGUAUUAGUGAGGAUAAGAAGGUCGUGAUACUCAACUUUGGUGGACAAACAAUAGGUUGGAACUUAAAAGAGGAGUACUUGCCUCCUGGUUGGAUCUGUCUGGUUUGUGGGGUACCUGACCAGCAGGAGCUUCCUCGCAAUUUCUUUAAGCUGGCCAAAGAUGUGUAUACCCCUGAUGUCAUGGCUGCAUCUGACUGUAUGCUUGGAAAAAUUGGAUAUGGAACAUGUAGUGAAGCCUUGGCAUACAAGUUACCUUUUGUCUUUGUUCGUAGAGAUUAUUUCAAUGAAGAGCCAUUUUUGAGAAAUAUGCUUGAGUAUCAUCAAGGUGGUGUUGAGAUGAUAAGGAGGGACUUGCUUGUAGGUCACUGGAGGCCAUAUCUUGAACGAGCAACUACUUUGAAACCUAGCUAUGAGGGUGGGGUGAAUGGUGGUGAGGUUGCAGCACGUAUUUUGCAGGAUGCAGCUCAUGGAAAGAACUACAGAUCAGAUAAGGUCAGCGGAGCAAGGAGAUUGCGUGAUGCCAUAGUGCUUGGAUUUCAAUUACAAAGAGCUCCUGGAAAUGAUAUUAGUAUCCCAAAAUGGUAUGCUAAUGCUGAGAACGAACUAGGUUUUCGUACUGGAUCACCAACAGCAUCUGAUAGUAAUGAUGCUAGCUUCCUCCAGAACUCAGUUUCUGAUGACUUCGAUAUUCUUCAUGGAGAUCUAAUGGGUCUUCCAGACACCAUGAACUUUUUGAAGAGUUUGGCAGAAUUACAUGCUGCAUGUGUCUCUGAUAAUAAUUCAGAAAAGCACUACAUACGAGAGCGCAAGGCUGCUGCUGCUCUCUUCAAUUGGGAGGAAGACAUAUAUGUGGCAAGAGCACCUGGAAGAUUGGAUGUAACUGGAGGAAUUGCAGACUACUCUGGGAGCCUUGUUUUGCAAAUGCCCAUUAGAGAAGCUUGCCAUGUUGCUGUGCAAAGGAUUCAACCAGGUAAACAGAGGCUUUGGAAGCAUGCACAGGCUCGCCAGCAAUCCAAAGGACAAGAACGAACACCCGUGCUCCAAAUUGUGUCAUAUGGGUCAGAGUUAAGCAACCGUGGUCCAACAUUUGACAUGGACUUAUCCGAUUUUAUGGAUGCCGGACAACCAAUUUCGUACGAGAAGGCAAAACAUUUCUUUUCCCAAGAUACAUCACAAAGAUGGGCUGCAUAUGUUGCUGGUACCAUUCUUGUUUUAAUGAAAGAAUUAAAUAUGCGCUUCGAGAGCAGCAUCAGCGUGCUGGUUUCCUCAGCUGUUCCAGAAGGCAAAGGUGUUUCUUCUUCUGCCUCUGUGGAGGUAGCUACCAUGUCCGCUGUAGCUUCUGCUCAUGGAAAAAAUAUCGGUCCAAGGGAUCUUGCUUUGCUCUGCCAAAAGGUGGAAAAUUAUGUUGUUGGAGCACCAUGUGGUGUAAUGGACCAAAUGGCUUCUGCUUGUGGUGAAGCAAAUAAGCUUCUUGCAAUGGUUUGCCAGCCUGCUGAGGUAUUAGGGCUAGUGGAUAUUCCUAGUCAUAUACGGUUCUGGGGAAUCGACUCUGGUAUAAGGCACAGUGUUGGGGGUGCUGAUUAUGGAUCUGUGAGGGUAGGAGCUUUUAUGGGCCGAAAAAUUAUCAAAUAUAUCGCAUCUACUAUGGCUUCACAAGCAUCUUCAAACAGUAAUGGGGCUAAUCCUGAGGAGUUUGGACAGCAUGACAUUGGCUUGCUUAAGGCUGAAGCCUCUGUUGAUUAUUUGUGCAAUCUGACCCCACACAGAUUUGAACAUAUAUACGCUAAGAAUCUACCCAAAUCUCUGUCCGGCGAAGAGUUUUUGAAAAAGUAUAAGGAUCAUAAUGAUUCAGCCACAGUGAUCGAUGGGAAACGUGCUUAUGCAGUCAAAGCAGCUACUAGACAUCCCAUAUAUGAGAAUUUCCGCGUGAAGGCCUUCAAAGCACUACUAACAUCAUCUCCAUCAGAGGAGCAACUGAUUGCUCUUGGAGAACUAUUGUAUCAGUGUCACUAUAGCUACAGUGCUUGUGGAUUAGGAUCGGAUGGGACGGACAGGCUUAUUCAAUUGGUGCAAGAAAUGCAGCACAGUAGAUCAACGCCGACGGAGGGAACGUUGUAUGGGGCAAAGAUCACUGGUGGUGGCUCUGGUGGCACCAUUUGUGUCCUUGGCAAGAAUAAUGUGCAAAGCAACCAACAUAUCACUCAGAUUCAAAAGAGCUACCAAAAUGCAACAGGUUACAAGCCAUUUGUGUUUGAGGGUUCAUCACCCGGUGCCGGAAAAUUUGGUUAUUUAAAAAUCCGCAGUCGUGUCAUUCCCAAGCAAAAUAAGAAAUAAAAAAAAUGAUUUUUUUUAUUUAGUUUAAAUCCAUCAAUAUUCUUGAGAAAAUAAAAUCCUUGGGUCUUGUAGGUACGA